ACGCAUUCAGAUGUCAGAAAUCUCAACAGUUUAGAGAUGUGAAGAUACAUCACUUGGGAGAAUAUUUAAAGAUUGCAGAAGGCAGUUUGACUUCAUAUAAGAUAAUAUUGUGAGAAAUUUACAUGUUUAUGUCUUCGUCAAAGGCUACACUUCCUUAACCAAAGCAAGAGGAAAGAAAAAGAUGGUGAUGAGUUCUUAUACGCGAGACAUUUCAAGGACAGCAAGAUAUUUCUGCAGAAGAUUAGUCAGUUUCAAGACAAGUGAAAGAUUGCACAUCAAAUUAGGCAGUGCUGUGCAAGGUGGACAAUUGGCCAUGAGAAAAUGGGCCUAUGUAGGAAAGGUACACCUGUGAUUACUGCCGCCUCAGAAGUAGUCACAGGUGUGUUAGAGAUUGAUCAAACUACAUCGAAUGUCCUUCAGUAGACUAUCAUCACCAUGAAGAUUAAUGAGAAAAACCUAUGUGCGUACAGCAUCUCUCCAACGCAAAUAGACAAGGAGGGGUACUUAUUGAAGAAAGGAGAGGUUAACAAGAGCUUCCAGAGAAGAUGGUUUGUAUUGAAAGGGAACCUCCUAUUCUACUUCGAGAAGAAAGGAGAUCGAGAACCCAUUGGGGUCAUCAUCCUUGAAGGUUGUACAAUAGAGUUAGCAGAAUGCGAGGAUCAGUUCACCUUCAAGCUGCUCUUCCAUGGUGGAGGUGGGAGGACCUAUGUCCUGGUGGCCGAUUCUCAGGAGUCUCUUGAAGAGUGGAUGAAGGCUCUGGCGCGGGCAUCCUAUGACUACUUGAAGCUCAUGGUCAAUGAACUCCAGAAGCAGCUGGAUGAGCUAAAUGGUGGGUACCCUUGAAAUUUUGGCCGGGCA